GGGAAAGAUGUGGUGAGAGAAAAAUGGGUGCUGAUGAGAAAGAAUAAUGAGGAGAGAGAUGAGGAAGCAGAAAGAGAUGGGGAGAGGAGAGAAAGACAAAUAGAAUGUCUGAUCCAUGGACAGACAUACUAAAUGACUCCAAUGAAUGACUGAAGGAAUGAGCAGCUACACAUAAAUGAAGAGAGAUGUGAAGAGAGAUAUGGAAUGUGGGCAGAGGAAAGGGGAAGAACCAAGUGAUAAAAGUGGCAAAAUAGAAAGAGAUGUGGCAGAUAUGAAACCAGAGAGAACAGGAAAGAGAGAUAAGACUUGGUACCUAGCUCCUGGAAGGCACUCAAUGGAAAAGCUGUUGACUGGCCAGAUGUACCAGAAUGGCCUCCCUAGCAUCAAUCCACUGGCCCAUACCCUCGAACUUAGAUCUUCUUCUCAAAUGGCAAGUGACAAGCCUGUAGCCCAUGUUGUAGCAGACCAACGAGUGCAAGAGCAGCUGCAGUGGCUGAGCCGACGUGCCAAUGCCCUCCUGGCCAAUGGCAUGGAACUGAUAGACAACCAUCUGGUGGUGCCAUCUAACGGGCUGUACCUCGUCUACUCACAAGUUCUCUUCAAGGGCCGAGGCUGCUCCUCUUUCCUCGUCCUUACCCACACCGUCGGCCGCUUUGCCACCUCCUACCCGGAAAAAGUUAACCUCCUUUCUGCCAUCAAGAGCCCGUGCCAGAAGGAGAUCCCAGAGGGGCCUGAGCUCAAGCCCUGGUAUGAGCCCAUUUACCUAGGAGGGGUCUUCCAGCUGGAAAAGGGUGAUCGACUUAGCGCUGAGGUCAAUCUGCCCCAAUAUCUAGACUUUGCCGAAGCCGGGCAAGUCUACUUUGGGAUCAUUGCCUUGUGAAAGGGAUGGAUGUCCAUUCAUUUGUCACAGAUGCCCUUCUCCUCUUCUGGUUUAGGAAGGGAAUUAGGGGAUCAGAGUUGAACCCUAAGCUUAUAAAUAUCAUCAACAACACUCCGAAAUGAAAGAUGCAGGGAUAUGUGGCCUGGAUAAUAGGGCAGUCACUCAAACUGCAAUUUCUAGAACUCACUGGGGCUUCCAAUGGAAUGUCUAGAAUGAGGGGAUCAGACAGGUGUUGGUUCCAAAACCCCCUCGAAGAAGACCUCAACUAGCAUUUGGCAGGAGUCCACCUCAGGCCUUCCUCUCUUCAGAUGUUUCUAGACUCUUCCCUGACAUGCAGAGUCCUCACAGGGCAAGCCCUCUCUAUUUAUGAUUGUACUUGUGGUUAUUUAUUAUUUAUUAUUUAUUUAUUUAUUAACACAUGAAUGUAUUUAUUUGGAAGGUCAAGGUGUGUCCUGGGGGGGACCCAAUGUAGGAGCUGCCUUACGCCAGACAUGUUUUCUGUGAAAAUGGAGCUGAACUAUAGGCGGUUUCUACCUGGCCCUCAGGCCCCUGUACCUCCUUUGGCUUAUGUCUAAAACAAACUAUCUAAUCCAAUUGUCUUAAUAAUGCUGAUUUGGUGACUGGACUGUGGUCACUACAUGGCUGAAUCUCUGCUCCCCAGGGGAGUUGAAUUUGUAAUCGUCCUACUAGUCAGUGGCGAGAAAUAAAGAUUGCUUAGAAAAGAAA